GCUGUCUUCCUUUUACUGCAUGGUUCCCAAUGAAUCGCAUCAGUACCUGGGUAUUGUCCGGUUACUUCAACAUUUUGGAUGGAUUUGGGUUGGACUCUUUGUUCUGGAUGACAACAGUGGAAAGCAUUUCUUACAGACACUGGAGCUACUGCUUUCCCAGAAUGGCAUCUGUUUGGCUUUCAUAGAACAAAUCACAAAUAAAGUUUCUUGGGGUACAUUUGAAGAAAUCAAUACUAUUGCCAAUAAUAUGCAUUCAUCUUUUACUAAAAGCACAGCCAAUACAUAUAUUGCCAAUGGAGAAAAUAUCAUUGCAUGGGUGAUUCUCAUGACAGAUGCUUUGUAUAAGAGGACAAAUAUAUUGCCAAGGAAAGUAUGGAUUACGACAGGCCUAAUUGAUUUUGCAUUGACAAGCCUACAAAUUACAACCAAUCUGCAAGUGUUCCAGGGUGCUAUUUCCUUCUCAGAACACACAUGGCCACUUUUAAAAUUCACAACAUUUCUUCGUAUGAUGAGACCUUGUAGGACACAAGCAAAUAGUUUUCUCAAGGAUUUCUGUGAACAAGUAUUUGAAUGUUCAUUUCAUAAUUCACAAACAAUGGGGGAAAUUGAUAAAAUUUGUACAGGUGAUGAGCAGCUAGAAAACCUUCCUGGAUCUUUGUUUGAAAUGUUUGUGAAUGGCCACAGCUACGGCAUCUAUAAUGCUGUCUAUGCUGUGGCACAUGCUUCUCAUGCAAUGUACUCCUCCCAAUCCAAUAAGAGAAUAAUGAUGAAGAAUGGAAAAUGGAAUACAUGGUAUCUCCAGCCUUGGCAGAUACACCCCUUUCUUCAACGUGUUGUAUUUAACAAUUCCGCAGGAGAAACAGUGUCAUUUCAUCAUAAUAAUGAAAAAGGAUUUGACCUAACAAACAUAGUGAUAUUCCCCAAUAACUCAUUACUUAGAGUGAAAAUUGGAAAGGUCAAGUACAAAUCUCUCCUGGAGGAAGAAGAGUUUGUCAUUAAUGAUGAUACAAUCUUGUGGUAUGGGGAGUUUAAUCAGGUACCACCCAUCUCAUUAUGUAGUAACCCCUGCUGCCCUGGCUAUCAGAAGAAAAUGAAAGAAGGGGAGAGGUUUUGUUGCUAUGAUUGCAUUCUGUGUCCAGAAGGAAUGAUUUCAGAUCAAAUGAACAUGGAAGAUUGUUUCAGAUGCCCAGAAGAUCGGUAUUCAAGCAAGAAUCAUGAUGAAUGUAUUCCCAAAAUUGUUAACUUUCUUUCUUAUGAAGAACCAUUAGGGAUCAGCUUAGCCUCAUUUGCUAUUUCUUUUUCCUUGAUCACAGUGUUGGUUUUAGCGGUUUUUAUUAAGCAUGGAGAUACCCCAAUAGUCAAAGCUAAUAAUCGUGACAUCACCUUUAUUCUUCUAAUCUCAAUCCUGUUUUGCUUUCUUUGUUCUUUGUUAUUUCUUGGGAAACCUAAAAAUGUGACCUGUAUUCUCCAACAAUCUGCGUUUGGCACUGUCUUCUCAAUGGCUGUAUCUUCUGUGUUGGCCAAAACUACCACAGUGGUUUUAGCUUUUAUGGCCACUAAACCCGGAUCCAACAUAAGAAAAUGGGUAGGGAAAAGAUUGACUGGUGUCAUUGUCUUUUUCUGCUCCCUUGUUCAAGGAAUCAUUUGUGUAGUGUGGUUAGGAAUCGCUCCCCCAUUUCCAGAUGUUGAUGUGGAGUCAUUUUCAGAAGAGAUCAUAGUAAAAUGCAAUGAAGGGUCAGUCAACAUGUUUUAUAUUGUAAUGGGUUAUAUGGGAUUCUUGUCCAUUCUAAGCUUCAUUGUGGCCUUCACAGCCAGAAAGUUACCAGAUAGCUUCAAUGAAACCAAAUUUAUCAGUUUCAGCAUGCUAAUGUUCUGCAGUGUUUGGGUGUCAUUUGUUCCAACCUACCUGAGCACCAAAGGCAAAUAUAUGGUUGCUGUGGAGAUCUUCUCCAUUUUAGUUUCAGGUGCUGGAUUAUUGGGUUGUAUCUUUUUCCCCAAAUGUUAUAUUAUUUUGGUGAGACCUGAACUGAAUAGCAGAGAUCAGCUAAUAAGAAAAUGGAAAUGAAAUGAAGAACAAUGAGUUGUAUUAUCUGUAUUAUUUCUAUAUUAUGCAUGACUAAAUGUUCCUAUUCUGAGACUAUGGACCCAUCCAGACAGGCCAUAAAUGCAAGACCAUCUUGGUUUUACCAGAGGUGUCCAAAUGACACCUCCUGUAAAACCAAAUUAAUUAAUGUGCUAGGAAACAGGACAGGGGACAAGGAGGGCCCCCCCCCCCGAGUCUCCUGGUGCAUCAUGUCCUCAUGCCAGGAGGACCUAAGGAGGAACAUAAUGGCAGCCAGGUAAGAUUAUUUUCAGGGGUUAUUUUGGGGUUUGGGGAAGGGAGGGAGUACCUCUCAGUUUUAUGGGCUCCUGGGGCCCGAAAACCAAGAUGGCUGUAUGGAUUAGUCCCAGGGAUCACAUGACGUAGUCCCCGGGCCCAAUCCACACAGGACCCACACCUGGUAAGACCCGGAUCUUACCUUUAGAACCAGAUCUUACCAGGAGUUUCAUUAAUUUGGUACAAAGCAGUGUUUCAGUUUUA